CUCGUGCAUCCAACCCAAACCACAUGAACCCAGGAAAAGACUCGAGCUUUUGUGGCGCUGGCAUGGCACUGGCCCCUUGCCCACACCAACCCCACGACUCGAGGCACAGAUUGCAAAAUGCCGACUGCAACCGUUUACCUCAACUUUGGCUGCGGGACCUGCCGCAAAGCCCACGACCUCUUGACGGCGUACAUGGCUGACCCGACGAACCCUAAGCUCGACCUCACCAUCGUGGAAUAUGUCAAGACCAAACUCGAUGUUGCAACGAUCAAGUCGCUCCUGUCGCUCUUGUUCCCUGAAGACCCGUCGCCGAGCCCGCUCCUCAUGAUGCGCACGACUUCGGAGGAGUUCCGCACUUUGAAGCUCGAUGCAUUGGACCCGGUCGCAGACCGCGAAGCACUGAUCGAAGCCAUGUCUGUGGAGCCCCUACUGAUUGCGCGACCCAUCUUCGUCAAGGAUGGUCGAGCGAUUAUUGCCCGUCCUCAUGAUCGUCUCUACGAGCUGCUGAAGGCAGACUACACUCGUGACGAACCUCAUCCUGUUGAUGACUAUUGUUAAUGGACCCUCUCGGGCGUGUCGACUUCGUUGUGUUUGGCGC